UCCUUCUCUUCACCUUCCUUCUUCUGAGAAUCAUGAAUUUUUCAGGGGUCUUCUUCCUCUUCUUCUUCUUCUUCUUUCUUCUGUCUCCAGCUCUGAGCUAUGGUUCCGGGUCUGGUAUCGAGUCACUCUCUCGUGGGAUGCUGGACUCAGCGAAAGAACCAGAGUUCUUCGAAUGGAUGAGAGGAAUCAGGAGGAGGAUCCACGAGAACCCGGAGACAGGGUUCCAGGAGUUCAAAACGAGUCAACUCAUUAGAGACGAGCUUGACUUGCUCGGAGUUAAGUAUAAAUGGCCUGUGGCGAAGACUGGCGUCGUGGCCUGGAUCGGAUCCGGUUCCAAACCAGUUUUCGGUCUCAGAGCCGACAUGGACGCACUUCCACUACAGGAAUUAGUGGAGUGGGAAUCGAAGAGUAAAGUAGAUGGAAAGAUGCAUGCUUGUGGUCAUGAUACUCAUGUUGCUAUGCUUCUUGGAGCUGCUAAGCUUCUUCAAUCCAGAAAACACCUCAUCAAGGGGACGGUGAAGCUUGUGUUUCAACCAGGCGAGGAAGGCUAUGGAGGUGCAAUUGAAAUGCUAAAAGACGACAUUCUAGACGACUUAGAUGGGAUUCUAAGCGUACACGUCUUCCCAACAAUCCCAUCUGGUGGUAUCGGCUCUAGGCCCGGGACCGUUCUUGCAGGCGCAGGAUUGUUCACAGUCACCGUCCACGGUCAAGGUAGCCACGCAGCUACACCACAUUUCUCCAAAGACCCGGUUCUUGCAGCUUCUUCAGCCGUUGUCGCCUUGCAACAGAUUGUUUCAAGGGAAAUGGACCCACUUGAAGCUGGUGUGGUUACAGUUGGAUACAUUCAAGGAGGCCACACUCAAAACGUAAUACCGCAGUCUGCUAAAUUUGGAGGAACGUUCAGAAGCUUAAGCAACGAUGGUCUCCUAUUUAUCCAAAGACGAAUCAAAGAGAUAUCGGAAGCACAAGCCGCGGUGUACCAAUGCAAAGCAGAAGUAGAUUUUGGAGAGAAAGAGCCUUCGCUUCACCCGGUAAUGAAGAACGACGAGGGCUUGUACGAGCACGGAAAAGAAGUAGCGGAAGCUAUGAUCGGAAAGAACAACUUCCAUGAUUUUCCGGUGACGAUGGGAGCAGAGGAUUUCAGCUUCUUCACUAAAAGGACUAAGGCUGCUAUAUUCGUGCUUGGGAUAAAGAAUGAGACGCUAGGUGCUGGUAAGCCGCUUCACUCGCCUUACUUUUUUGUUGACGAAGAAGCUCUUCCUCUUGGAGCAGCUCUUCACGCAGCCAUGGCUGUCACUUAUUUGGAUAAACAUGGCAAUGACCAUGAGGUUAAGACCGAAUUAUAGAAUGUGUUUUGUAAUAAUCAACCACCUACUUGUAUUGAACUUUUAAGUUUGGUGGGGGUAGGAACAUCGGUUAAGCUUCGGUUUGGGAUAAUUUAUUUAAUUGAGACUGAGAUUUAUCCGGUCAGCAAAAUCAAUAUGUUUUCUAAAAAAUAUGGUACCAAACAUAAGGACAAACAAGAAUUAGAGCCAGUGGAAUUUCCUGAAACUCCAGCAUAUUAUA